AUGAGUUCUAGUGUAAAAUUCAAUUCUUUUGACGAUAGAUAUGUCCACACAACUGAUGAGCAACCCACGAUUAUUGCUGUCUCAUCUGGAAUAGCAACCAAAAAGAUUGCAUUAAUCUUUGGUGCUAUUGUCGUUGUUGGAAUCAUUGCUACAGUUGGGGUUAUUCUUGGUGUCGUUAUUCUGAAGAAAGACCAUAAAGGAAACGACCAGCCACCUGCAGUUAUAAAUGGACCAAUAGAUGGGAAAUGGACUUACUGGGAUUCAUGGUCAGACUGUACUGUUACCUGUAGCGGGGGAAAACAAAGGCGCACCCGUAGCUGUACUUCUCCUCCACCUAUGUUCGGGGGAAAUUCCUGUGUAGGAAAUUCAGAAGAAAUAAGACAAUGCUCAACUUGGAAUUGCCCAGAAAAACCUUGGAUUUCCCGAAAGCCUGUUCCAAAAAUCCGAUUUGUUGGACAAUCAGCCACGUUUUGCUGUGAGGCAAACGGUUUCCCCUUACCCAUAGACUUUAUAUGGUUCAAAGAUGAUAACUUAUUGCCAGGAAUGGGAACAAAUGGAAAUUUGGUUGUUAGUUCCAUUCAGAAAUCAGACGCUGGGGCAUACUAUUGUAAGGCUACCACGGAAGCAGGAUCAGUAACAUCUGAACGCGUAACUUUAGAUGUAAGAGAUACCUCUUAUGAUACCUGCAAUCCAGUACCUACAGUGAAGGAAGAAACUCUACCAACUGGCUGCUAUUUUAAUGAUAAAGGCAACAGUAAGUCAGUAGUAAACGUCGGAAAAUGUCCAAAUAGUAAAUGCAUUACAAAUACCCUAGCUGACAAUGGUACAUGCGAAGAUUGGUGGCCUCCUCACUGCUGUGACGUAUCCCAAACAGAGACAAUUGAAAUAGAAUGCUCUGGAGGGUUUACCUAUCCGAUCACGAAAGUUAUUUCUUGCAAAUGUCGCGAAAACGUGAUAAACACUCUUCUAAAUGGAAUAGCGUAUGGUGUACAAAACGGAACUAGAAUUCCUUUUGUCCGAGGAGAAGUCAUGAUAGACGGCGAAGUGAAAUCUGUAACUUCGGCGACAGGAUACUUUUCUGUCAAUGUAUUAGGAGAGGUUUCUCGUGUUGUCAUGAACUUGCGUAAUGAUAGGUCUGGCCAACUCUUAGAUACAAAAAGAGUGAUAGAUAUUUCAUAUGGUACAACGACCUCCAUUGAUAUCCACGUUCCACUAAAACCGGCACCAAAAACUUUCAACACACAUCUCGGAUUUGAUAUACCCCUCGGGAUGAAAAAUGGAAACUCAGCAACUGCGAGGUUAUCAAUCGCAGCAGGCAGUGUUGUUGAUGGAAAUGGUAAUGCUUUUGACGGGACAGCAAACGCACGAGUUCAUUACGUUGAUCAACGGAAUUUGGAAGAUCUCGAUGAGAUGUACGGAGAAUUAAGAUUUACAGACGAAGAGGGAGAUUCUGUUGACUUAGAAACAUUUGGUAUGCUUCAGUUAUCCGUAGAAGACAACUCUGGAACACCUUUAUAUGUAAACGGAAAAAUCAAAAUGUCGCUUGAUCCAGCACCUUUAAAUUUGUCAAACGAAGGUGAAAAUCUGCAUUUGUAUAGCUUAGACGUUAACACAGGAAAGUGGGUUGAUCAAGGACUAAUGCCGUACACUUCUUCCAGUGGUUCAAGUCGUAAACGAAGGUCAACGGGAGGAAAUCUUGAGGGUAUUGUCACAGAUGCUAUUCCAGUUAUAGAUCUAACACAGAUAGUUGAUAAUAUUAUUAAAGUAAGCUAUACCAGAUUAGUAUCUUUAAUCAACAUAAGCCUAAGUAGACCUCGUAUAUAUCGUAUUAUAACUGAAUAUCGGACAGUUGUUUCUCAUGAUGUUGUCACGCGACAUGAUGCAUGCUUUGUAAGAGUGAAAGCGUACACUGACUUUACAUUUCGCAACGCAGCUGAUGGUGUUCGAAUUAUAGCAGCGACAAGAACUAAAAAUGGAGGGCCAUUUAGAGGGAAAAUGUCCAUGAUAACGAACAAUAAUGUUAAUAGUGGGAUUUUGUGCAUGCCGAUAUUUUGUAAUUCUGAUGUGUACCUCGCUGCAGAGAAAAAUGGAAAAUAUUACGCUUCAGACAAUCAUAUUUUACCCUCCGUAGCUGAGUCAGUGAACGUUGCAAAUGGUACACAAGUCAAACUUAAUUCAGAUUAUGUCAAUCGGGAAGGACCAGUUUUCCUUUAUCAAAGACGACCACAAUGUGAAGAUAACGCAUUUUCUAGCUUUGUGUUUCAGUUUGCCCCUCUCUUAAAGGAAGGCGAACGUAAUUCGUUGUCUGGAGAUAACGUACAUAAUCAAAUAAAUUCUUGGUAUACCGAACCUUCAACUAGUCCCUUCAGACGAACAUGCUUCAUGAAAGUGAAAGUAGUGUCCAAUGAACAUACUCUGCGGGCAAUAGGAGUCAGUAGGAUGGAAUAUGUAAGCAAUGUACCUUUCUUUGGAACUUUUCAAGCACCAAUUAUAUGGGAUGAAACUACAAAUAAUAGGAGAGAAAAAGCUGCUUGCAUAGAAUUUCGAUGUCCUGGAAGACUCAUUGAUGGCACCAACGUAAUCAAUAACAUAGCCACACUUCUGAGGGUACAAAUUCUGAGUCAAGAAGGUCAUGUUUGCAAUAUUACAAACGUGGCAAGUGGACUUAAUAUUACUCGUACUUCAAGCAUACUUGGUGGAGGUUUUGAGUUUCGGGCAGAUCCAAACGACAAUUACGGCGUCGGAAUGGGAGUAUUCAUCCGAACGUUUCCCUUUGAAACUGCUAGAUCUACCUGUCGCACUGGCUUAGACUCAACAAAUAUUAGCCCAAUUAUGAAGCCCAAUUCAAAUCCAGCAGUCGAAUUGGAAUGCAUAAUCUAA